GAUUUUUUUUUUAUAUUUUUUAUUUGCUGUAUUGGGCUUUGGAAAUGUCUUCUCAAUUCUUUUCUUUUUCGUCUCAGGCGAUUCAUGCUUUUUCUCAUCUUUGACUCGUACUUGCAUUUAGAUACUUCCUCUCUCUCUCUCGCCUCUCAUUUUCCCCGUCUCAAUUCUCAUCCCUUUCUCCGUCCGGUUCUCAGGCGACGGGGCGUGCGGUUCCUCGCCGGGAGUUUUGUUCAGGAGCCGUCGGUGCCCCUCCGCGACUGCCGGAGAGCUGUGUCGUUUGAAGUCCAGUAGCCGGGCUGGGGUCUAGUCCACGCUGGUCCGCGACAGGGCUCGGGGCGUCCCGCCUGUAAGUUGGGGAGCUCCGUAGAUCUAGGGUUUAAGAGAGGUGGUUUGGCGUGAACGGUGAGUAGAUGUGACCGUUGAUGGUAGUGCACGGCCGGGUUGAUGAUGACCGGAACGCCGGCCAGCAGUCGCAGAGGGUGGUGGUCCGGUAAAUCUCUCACAUGGAAUGGCAGAUCUUGUUAGUUACGGGGAUGCCGACCGUGACAUCGAGCAGGCAUUAAUCGCUCUGAAGAAAGGUGCUCAGCUGCUUAAGUAUGGUCGUAAGGGAAAGCCGAAGUUUUGUCCGUUUAGACUUUCUAAUGACGAAUCUUCUUUAAUUUGGUUUUCAAGCAGUGGUGAAAGAAGUUUGAAGCUAGCUUCUGUCUCGAGAAUUAUUCCUGGACAAAGAACUGCUGUUUUUCAACGGUAUCUUCGUCCUGAAAAGGACUAUUUGUCCUUUUCUCUUAUAUAUAACAACGGGAAACGCUCUCUUGAUUUGAUUUGCAAGGAUAAAGUUGAGGCAGAGGUGUGGAUUGCAGGUCUCAAAGCAUUGAUAUCCUCAGGUCAAGGUGGGCGCUCCAAAAUUGAUGGGUGGAGUGAUGGAGGCCUCUACUUGGAUGAUGGUCGAGACGUGACCUCAAAUAGUCCAAGUGAUAGUUCUAUUAGUGCUACACGAGAUAUUAGCUCUCCUGAAGUUUCUGUCGGUCUCAACCCAAAUAGUUCUCCCAAGGGUUACAGGCCUGAGAAUUCUUUGUCCUCUGAAAGGUCUUAUGUAGGAUUAGACAACACGAAUAUGCAAGUAAAAGGAUCUGGUUCAGAUGCAUUUCGAGUUAGUGUUUCUAGUGCUCCUAGUACCUCUAGUCAUGGUUCUGCCCCAGAUGACUGUGAUGCUUUAGGGGAUGUAUACAUAUGGGGUGAGGUUAUAUGUGAUAAUUUUGUAAAAGUUGGGGCUGAUAAGCAUGCUACUCUUUUAAGCACAAGAACAGAUGUGCUUCUUCCCAGACCAUUAGAAUCCAAUGUAGUUUUGGAUGUACAUUAUAUAGCUUGCGGAGUUAGGCAUGCUGCCCUUGUUACAAGGCAAGGUGAAGUUUUUACAUGGGGUGAAGAAUCCGGUGGACGGCUGGGGCAUGGUGUUGAGAAGGACGACACUCAACCUCGUCUUGUUGAAUCUUUAGCAGUUUCUAAUGUUGAUUUUGUUGCCUGUGGGGAGUUCCAUACUUGUGCUGUAACCAUGGCUGGUGAACUUUAUACUUGGGGUGAUGGCACUCAUAAUGCUGGUCUUCUUGGUCAUGGCUCUGGUGUCAGUCACUGGAUACCCAAGAGAAUAUCAGGCACUCUUGAAGGACUUCAGGUUGCUUCAGUUACUUGUGGUCCAUGGCAUACAGCAUUUGUGACGUCAACAGGACAGCUCUUUACAUUUGGUGAUGGGACAUUUGGCGUAUUAGGACACGGUGACAGAGAAAAUGUAUUGUAUCCAAGAGAAGUAGAAUCUCUAGCAGGUUUGAGGACAAUUUCUGUCGCAUGUGGGGUUUGGCACACUGCUGCUGUGGUGGAGGUUAUUGUAACACAGUCUAGUGCAAGUGUUUCAUCAGGAAAAUUGUUUACUUGGGGUGAUGGAGAUAAAAACCGUCUUGGUCAUGGAGACAAGGAACCUCGGCUUGAGCCCACUUGUGUGCCAGCAGUCGUUGAUUACAAUUUUCACAAAGUUGCUUGUGGGCAUAGUUUAACUGUUGGUUUGACUACGUCAGGGCAACUUUUUACAAUGGGUAGUACUGUUUAUGGUCAGCUUGGCAAUCCUCAGUCAGAUGGAAAGCUACCUUGCUUGGUAGAAGAUAAGCUUGCUGGGGAACCUGUUGAAGAGAUUGCUUCUGGUGCAUAUCAUGUAGCAGUAUUAACAGCCAGGAAUGAGGUCUAUACUUGGGGAAAAGGAGCUAAUGGAAGGUUGGGCCAUGGAGAUAUUGAAGAUCGUAAAACACCAACUUUGGUUGAAUCUUUGAAAGAUAGGCAUGUUAAAUACAUUGCCUGUGGUUCAAAUUACACUGCUGCUAUUUGUCUUCAUAAAUGGGUUUCUGGUGCUGAGCAGUUGCAAUGCUCAGCUUGUAGACAGGCUUUUGGGUUUACUCGAAAGAAGCACAAUUGCUAUAAUUGUGGACUUGUGCACUGCCACUCAUGUAGUUCGAGAAAAGCAUUGAGAGCUGCACUGGCUCCUAAUCCCAGUAAACCAUAUCGUGUUUGUGAUUCCUGCUAUACCAAACUAAACAAGGUGUCAGAAGCUGGUGUUAAUGUCAGGAGGAAUGCUGCAGCCCGCCUUUCAGGUGAAAAUAAGGACAGGUUAGACAAGGCUGACUUGAGAUUGACCAAAUCUGCAAUGCCUUCUAAUAUGGAUUUGAUUAAACAGUUAGAUAGCAAAGCAGCCAAACAAGGGAAGAAGGGUGAUACAUUCUCCCUGGUUCGCUCAUCCCAAGCACCAUCUUUGUUACAAAUAAAAGAUGUUGUUCUUUCUAGUGCUGUUGAUCUACGACAAACUGUUCCUAGACAAGUUUUUACACCAUCUGGAGUUAAUUCAAGGUCUGUAUCUCCUUUUUCAAGGAGACCGAGCCCACCACGUUCAGCUACGCCUAUUCCUACAUCAGGACUAGCUUUUUCCAACAGCAUUGCUGAUAGUUUGAAGAAAACAAAUGAACUUUUGAAUCAGGAAGUGCACAAGUUACGUGCACAGGUUGAGAGCCUGAGACAGCGGUGUGAACUUCAAGAAUCAGAGCUUCAGAAAUCGACAAAGAAAGCUCAAGAAGCUAUGGAACUGGCUGCUGAGGAAUCCGCUAAAUCUUUGGCGGCGAAAGAAGUUAUAAAGUCUCUUACAGCACAGCUUAAAGAUAUGGCUGAUAGGCUGCCGCCUGGAGUUUAUGAUACCGACAGUAUGAGGCCAGUUUAUGUACCAAAUGGCUUGGAGCCAAAAGGCAUUCACAUUCUUGAUGCAAAUGGAGAGCGACAUUCGAGAUCUGAUUCAAUCAGUGGGUCUUACAUGGCUUCAUCUGCAAGCAUUGACUCGACUGUGUUAAAUGGGGCUCAGAACACCACUCAGUCUCUUAGGGAUCAACCUGGAAACAAUGAAACUUCCCGACAACAGGUGCUUCUAACCCACAAUGGGAACAAUGGGAGGGAUGACCAGCCAGAUUUUAAACGGUUGAAUGGUAGUGUUCUUCAGGCCGGUAGCAACAGUGUGCCUGAGACUGUUGAUGGAAAGGGUUCUGGGUCUUUCCAAGAUUGUGAGAAUGGUAUGAAAUCUAGGAAUUCUGGAUUGGUUGGAAACUCCAAUCAGGUUGAGGCUGAAUGGAUUGAACAGUAUGAGCCUGGUGUUUAUAUAACUCUUGUGGCUCUCCUGGACGGAACGAGAGAUCUCAAACGAGUGCGCUUCAGCCGGAGAAGAUUUGGAGAGCACCAAGCGGAGACUUGGUGGUCAGAGAACCGUGAAAAGGUGUAUGAGAGGUACAAUGUUCGUGGGUCAGACAAGUCAUCAGCGUCAGGCCAGGCCGCUCGCAGAUCAGAUGGAGCCAUUUCGCCAUCUUCCCAACGGUAGCAACAAUGGAGGGAGAGAAGCUCUCGACAUUGGCACAUUUUGUAUGAGAGAUUGUUAGGAUUUUGAAGAAUAUCCAAGAAUUUAAUAUGGAAGGAAGCAAUCUCAUUUCAUCCUUCGUUUUUAUUUCCACCUUUUUCAUUUUUCCUAUUUAUUUGUUUUGUUCAAAUUUAUUUCCUCAAUUAUCUGCCCCUUCACUUACAUGUAUUGUAGUGUACAUAAAAUCAUCAAUUGUGAGAUAAUGCGGGCAGAAAAAGCUUUUGUUCCCUUUCUUUUUAUUUUCCUUUUCCUUUUUUAAAACAAUUUACGCCUUAUUUCUUCUCCUGAUUGUUUUCUCUUGUUUGAUUUAGUCUGACAUUUUACCUAGCCUCUUCAAUGUUGUUGGCACUCAGCAAUAUUUGGCUCAAAUAUGUCUGGCCGAGAUUGUGGUUCUGAGAAAUAUGAUCCAACAAAGGGCACGAGCCCUGGUGGGGGGGUGAUGAAGGUCACUCAGCAGAAAGCAUGAAAUCAGUGCAGCGAGAAAACACGAAGCCCCUAGAAGUGGUUGAAUGUGGGGUGGGGAAGUUCUUGGAAAGCAAUUCAGUUGGUUAGGUUGUUUGAAGUUGCUUUGGUUGAUGGAUCAAAAAUUUGUUUUAAGAUGUAAUUGCAGAUCAGAAUGAAGUCAAUUUUUUCUUGUAAUUUGUCUGUCUCGGCCUGUCAAAUAUUAUUUUUUAAAAUUUUAGGCUGUGAAUGGGUUUAGUGCAAUUCCUCCAUUGUGUAAAUAAGUAGGGGUUGAACAAGCAUUGUAAGGUAUCUCUAUGAUUUGAGUUUAUUUCAGCGUUUCAGUUUUAUUUUCA